UAUUCCCCCGGGAAGGUGUGCGCCCUCAGCGCGCGCCCUCUCCGGCGCCCGGCUCCCUCUUUGUAAGAUCCCGAGCCGGGGCGAGCGCCCUUCCAACUGGCGCGACCUCCCUUCGGGGUCCCGACGGCUCUGCCACCUCCCCGGUGUCCAUGGCUCGCUCCAUCCUCCGCUCCUGGGCCUUGCCGGGUCCCCCCAUAUUAUUAAAGCUAGUUUGACCACGUCCUGGGAGUGUCCCCACGAGCACCUACAGAUUAAUUUUCAACCGUGCCACAAACCCAAAGAAUCAAUUUCGGUUCAUCAUCUACAAGAGAGAGCCGAUGCUUCUGGGGAAGAGAAAACAACUUGGCAUUACCCCUCUGGGAGAUAUUUGUCAUCAUUAACCUGCUUCAGUUAAAUUAAUUCAGCCCAAGAUGACUCCAGCGUUCUUGCUCCUGGUCGAGCGAGCUGGAGCCUUGGAGCCUGCUAUUCUCCCUGCUGAGGUUUGAGAAUCUAGAAGGUAAAGAUACCAAAAGAAUGGCGUAGUAAUGAAGUCUGACUUGUGGUGGAUGGCUGGGUGAAGGAAAUACUCAAGGCCAGAUGUCUUAAGGAAUGCUCUUGAAAAGGACAGAGGUGUACAAAAUUAUUUCAGCAACUGAGAAGCAAGCUGGUUUUGGAGAAACCAUACUCUGAGGAUGUUGUUUGCUUUUGGUUAAAAAGAGAAAGUACGGCUGCAGAGGAAGGGCUUCAGGCUAAACGCGCAUUUAGGAUUGCACUGUAAAUAACAAUGUAAUUAGAUUCACCUCAGUCUUGCAGGUGAGACUUGGAGCUUCUUGGCUCCGCAGACAUGAGUGACCCGAGGCAGUCACAAGAAGAGAAGCACAAGCUUGGCAGAGCCUCUUCGAAGUUCAAGGAUCCUCCCAGAAUCAUGCAGUCUGAUGAUUAUUUUGCUCGAAAAUUUAAAGCCAUUAAUGGCAACAUGGGCCCCACCACUUCUUUAAAUGCCUCAAAUCCCACCGAGAGUGGUGGUCCGACUAACGGUACCCCAGCUGUGCCCAAGAUGGGUGUGAGAGCAAGAGUGUGCGAGUGGCCUCCCAAGAAGGACUGCUCCAAGGAGCUAGCCUGCAAGGCACUGUGGGAAAGCCGGUCUCAGACCAGUUACGAAAGCGUCACGUCCAUCACACACAAUGGGCAAAAUGACCAGAGCGAUGGUCAGCAAGAGGAACAGCUUGAUCUAGACUUUGUGGAGGCGAAGUACACCAUUGGAGACAUCUUUGUUCACUCUCCUCAAAGAGGACUGCAUCCCAUAAGACAGAGAAGCAAUAGUGAUGUCACCAUCAGUGACGUCGACGCUGAAGACGUCUUAGACCAAAACGCAGUGAACCCCAACACCGGGGCCGCCCUCCACCGCGAGUACGGAAGCACAUCUUCCAUUGACCGGCAGGGCUUAUCUGGUGAGAACUUCUUUGCGAUGCUCAGAGGGUACCGCGUAGAGAAUUACGACCACAAAGCAGUGGCCCCUUUUGGGUUCCCUGAGUUUUUCCCCUGCGAUCCUGCAAUCUCUCCCAGCCUCCAUGCAGCAGCACAGAUUUCUAGAGGAGAAUUUGUCCGCAUCUCAGGAUUAGACUACAUGGACAGUGCCCUCCUCAUGGGGAGAGACAGGGACAAGCCUUUCAAACGGAGGUUAAAGUCGGAGUCGGUGGAAACAUCCCUCUUCCGGAAGCUGCGGACUGUUAAAAGUGAACACGAAACUUUCAAGUUCACGUGUGAUCCGGAAGAUGGUCGUCUGGAGCGGGGUGUUCGCCCUUGGAAUUGUCAGCGGUGUUUUGCACAUUAUGAUGUCCAGAGCAUUUUGUUUAAUAUCAACGAAGCCAUGGCAACGAGGGCCAACGUGGGGAAGCGGAAAAACAUCACCACCGGGGCCUCGGCAGCAUCCCAGACUCAGAUGCCAGCAGGCCAGACGGGCACCUGUGAGUCCCCUUUGGGGAGCAAGGAGGAUCUCAACUCCAAGGAGAACCUGGAUGCUGAUGAGGGUGACGGGAAAAGCAACGAGCUGGUCCUGAGUUGUCCGUACUUUCGGAAUGAGACUGGCGGGGAAGGUGACCGGAGGAUCGCCCUCUCUCGGGCCAGCUCGUCAUCGUUCAGUUCCGGGGAAGGCUGCUCCUUCGAGUCCUCUCUGAGCUCCCACUGCACAAACGCAGGUGUCUCCGUCCUGGAAGUGCCCAGAGAAAACCAGCCCAUUCACAGGGAGAAAGUGAAGCGCUACAUCAUAGAGCAUAUUGACCUUGGGGCCUACUAUUACCGCAAGUUCUUCUACGGGAAAGAGCACCAGAACUACUUUGGAAUCGAUGAAAACCUUGGCCCGGUGGCUGUCAGCAUCCGGAGGGAGAAGGUGGAAGACGCCAAGGAGAAAGAGGGGUCCCAGUUCAAUUACCGAGUGGCCUUCAGGACGAGUGAGCUGACAACCCUGCGAGGAGCAAUUCUAGAAGACGCCAUACCCUCUACCACCAGGCAUGGUACCGCACGGGGACUACCUCUCAAAGAAGUUCUGGAGUACGUCAUUCCAGAGCUGAGCAUUCAGUGCCUGAGACAGGCUUCGAACUCACCCAAGGUCUCGGAACAGCUGCUCAAGCUGGAUGAACAAGGGCUGAGCUUUCAGCACAAGAUCGGGAUCCUUUAUUGCAAAGCAGGCCAGAGCACCGAGGAGGAGAUGUAUAACAAUGAGACAGCGGGACCAGCUUUUGAAGAAUUCCUUGAUCUUCUGGGCCAGCGAGUCCGGCUGAAAGGAUUUACCAAAUACCGAGCUCAGCUAGACAAUAAAACUGAUUCUACAGGAACUCACUCCCUCUACACCACAUACAAAGACUAUGAAGUCAUGUUCCAUGUGUCCACCAUGCUGCCCUACAUGCCCAACAACAGACAGCAGCUUCUGAGGAAAAGGCAUAUCGGAAAUGACAUUGUGACCAUUGUCUUCCAAGAGCCCGGAGCACUUCCUUUCACUCCAAGAAGCAUCCGGUCCCACUUCCAGCACGUCUUUGUCAUCGUCAAAGUGCACAACCCAUGCACCGAAAACGUGUGUUACAGUGUUGGAGUUUCUAGAUCAAAAGAUGUACCACCAUUUGGUCCACCAAUUCCCAAAGGAGUAACUUUUCCAAAGUCAGCAGUAUUUCGGGACUUCCUUUUAGCCAAAGUGAUCAAUGCAGAAAACGCAGCCCAUAAGUCAGAGAAGUUUCGAGCCAUGGCCACUCGAACGAGGCAAGAGUACUUGAAGGAUCUGGCGGAGAACUUUGUCACAACUGCCACUGUGGAUACCUCUGUGAAAUUCAGUUUCAUUACACUGGGUGCAAAGAAGAAGGAGAAAGUGAAGCCAAGGAAGGAUGCCCAUCUGUUCAGCGUCGGAGCAAUCAUGUGGCACGUAAUAGCUCGGGACUUCGGCCAGUCUGCUGACAUUGAGUGUCUUCUUGGGAUUUCCAAUGAGUUCAUAAUGUUGAUUGAAAAGGAUUCCAAGAACGUUGUAUUUAACUGUUCCUGCAGGGACGUCAUCGGGUGGACGUCUGGAUUAAUGAGUAUCAAAGUGUUUUACGAGAGAGGGGAGUGUAUCCUUCUGUCCUCCGUGGAUAAUUGUGCUGAAGACAUCAGGGAAGUUGUCCAGCGCUUAGGAAUAGUGACUCGAGGCUGCGAGACCGUGGAAAUGACCCUGAGGAGGAAUGGGCUGGGCCAGCUUGGCUUCCACGUGAAUUUUGAAGGAAUCGUUGCAGACGUGGAACCUUUUGGCUUUGCCUGGAAGGCUGGCCUUCGCCAAGGGAGCCGCCUCGUGGAGAUCUGCAAAGUGGCCGUGGCCACUCUCACCCACGAGCAGAUGAUCGACCUGCUCCGGACUUCCGUGACCGUGAAGGUAGUCAUCAUCCAGCCCCACGAUGAUGGCUCACCCCGGAGAGGGUGUUCAGAGCUCUGCCGGAUCCCCAUGGUGGAAUACAAGCUGGACAGUGAAGGCACCCCGUGUGAGUACAAAACGCCUUUCCGGAGGAACACCACAUGGCACCGUGUGCCCACCCCGGCCCUGCAGCCCCUGGCCCGGGCCUCCCCGGUCCCCGGCACACCCGACCGACUGCAGUGUCAGCAGCUGCUACAGCAGGCCCAGGCUGCCAUCCCUCGAAGCACCUCCUUCGACCGGAAGCUGCCCGAUGGCACCAGAAGUUCACCCAGCAACCAGUCAUCCUCCAGCGACCCCGGGCCUGGCGGCAGCGGACCCUGGAGACCACAAGCGGCGUAUGACGGAUGCCACUCUCCUCUGCUGCUCGAGCACCAGGGCGCGGGCCCUUUGGAGUGUGAAGGAGCCAGGGAGCGGGAGGACAGCCUGGAAGGAAGCAGGCACCUGGAAACCAAAUGGCAUGGCCCGCCCUCCAAGGUCCUGAGUUCCUACAAAGAAAGAGCCCUGCCGAAGGAUGGAAGUUGCAAGGACUCCCCCAAUAAGCUUUCCCACAUUGGAGACAAAAGUUGCUCCAGUCACUCCAGCAGCAACACGCUCUCAAGUAACACGUCCAGCAACAGCGACGACAAGCAUUUUGGGUCUGGGGACCUGAUGGACCCAGAGCUGCUGGGGCUGACCUACAUCAAGGGGGCCUCCACGGACAGCGGCAUCGACACGGCCCCCUGCAUGCCCGCCGCAGUCCUGGGCCCCGUGCACCUGGCGGGCAGCAGGUCGGUGAUCCACAGCCGCGCCGAGCAGUGGGCCGACUCGGCCGACAUCUCGGGGCCCGACGACGAGCAGGCGAAGAUGUUCGCGGUGCACAGCUACGCGCCGGCCAUCUCGGCAGGCAGCGCGGCCGACGGCAGCAUGGGUGACCUCAGCGAGAUCUCGUCUCAUUCCAGUGGUUCACACCAUUCAGGAAGCCCCUCAGCUCACUGUUCCAAAAAUAGUGGGUCUCUGGAUACAUCCAAAGUCUACAUCGUGUCUCACAGCAGUGCCCAGCAGGUCCCUGGGUCCGUGUCCAAGCCCUACCACAGGCAAGGGUCAGUGAGCAAGUACGUCAUCGGCUGGAAGAAAUCGGAGGGCAGCCCGCCACCUGAGGAGCCCGAAGUGACUGAGUGUCAGGGGCUGUAUGGCGAGAUGGAUCUCUUGUCGGCAGCAGCUCAGCAGACCGUGGUGGGGGAUGCUGCUUCAGAAACUCAACACGUGCUGUCCAAAGAAGACUUCCUGAAACUGAUGCUUCCGGACAGUCCCUUAGUAGAGGAGGGGCGAAGGAAGUUUUCGUUCUAUGGGAACCUGUCUCCGCGACGAUCACUGUACCGCACCCUCUCGGAUGAGAGCAUAUGCAGCAAUCGGAGGGGGUCUUCCUUCGGCAGUUCGCGAAGUUCAGUACUUGACCAGGCCCUGCCCAACGACAUUCUGUUCAGCACCACCCCGCCCUACCAUAGCACGCUGCCCCCCCGGACCCACCCUGCGCCCAGCAUGGGGAACCUGAGAAAUGAGUUCUGGUUCUCCGACGGGUCCUUAUCGGAUAAGUCCAAGUGCGCGGAUCCUGGCCUGAUGCCCCUCCCGGACACGGCCACGGGCUUAGAUUGGUCCCACCUCGUGGACGCGGCGCGGGCAUUUGAAGGUCUUGACUCAGAUGAAGAACUUGGGCUGCUCUGUCACCACGCGUCCUAUCUCGACCAGAGAGUGGCGUCCUUCUGUACUCUGACCGAUAUGCAACAUGGGCAGGACCUGGAAGGUGCACCAGAGCCGCCUUUAUGUGUAGACCCAGGCAGCGGCAAAGAUUUCAUGGACACAGCUGGGGAGCGGUCUCCAUCCACACUGACCGGAAAAGUCAAUCAGCUGGAGUUGAUUCUUCGACAGCUGCAGACUGACCUUCGGAAGGAGAAGCAGGACAAGGCGGUCCUCCAGGCCGAAGUGCAGCACCUGCGCCAAGACAACAUGCGGCUGCAGGAGGAGUCGCAGACGGCCACCGCGCAGCUGCGGAAGUUCACCGAGUGGUUCUUCAACACCAUCGACAAAAAGUCUUAACCCGGCCCUGGCCCGCGGGGGGGAGCCUCGGGGAGACGCCCCCCCCCACCCCCCCCCCCCCCGGGAACUUGCCAACGCGUGGUUUCUCAGUGUGCUUGCAGCCAAUUGUAGAUGUUUUUGCCGUCCCACCCCGUCUAGCACCAUUCACCCCCGCAGGGUAGGGAGGCGACUCUUUCCUUGGAAGCCAUCUGGUGACAGCAGAGAGGACAGCGAGGCCGUGCGCACAUGAAUGUAACUCCCGGUGUCGAGAUGAAUGUAAACCCCGGCGUCGGUUGGGGCCUCUUUGUGUCGGACUCCACUGCCCCGGUGCUCAGGCGCGGGCAUACCUCAAGAGGGGAGAGAGUGGGGCUUCACGUCCUAUGGAUCAGGUGACCUGGUAGAGAUGGUAGAAGCAAUUGACCAUAGUUUGGGCUUUAGUAUUGUAACAUAAACCCGGAAACAAAUAAUCAGACAUAUACUUUAAUGUUAAAGGUGCUCUAUUUUUUUGGAUGUAUAGUAGUUUUAUUUCUCACAACCACAUUAUCAUAGCAAUAAGAAAGAGGCAUAGUUAACUAGUGAGAGAAGCCGUGUGGGGAAAAUUAAAAAACAAAAAAAGCACUAUGUCUUGAACACUAGUUUGAAUGCAGUUCAUUUAGAGACUUAUUUAUUUGCAGGAGCAAACGGUGCCUGAAUAUUAACAGUGUUCUGAUUGAAAAAAAAAAAACAGAUACAUAUGCCUUGUAUAUGGCUCAAUAAGCAGUCCCUUCAACUCUUAGUUCACUGUGUAUAGUUUAACGCUCUGCUGAGAGUAGCGCACGCCUGCUUACGUCCUAGAACCUUCUAGAACCUCCCGUCAGCGGGAAGCCAGCAGAAUCCCAUGUAUACAAUGCCAAAUUUGUUUAUCUUUGUACAGAAGCUUUGAUGAAGUGUCUUGUAUUUAACGCCCUUAUUUAAGCUUAUUUAACCUUAAAUUGUUAAUUUUAUAAACUUUGGUUUGACCUGCACUACGACGAGAGAGGUGUAGGUAGCAGCAAGCUCUGGAAGGCCGAGCUUGCCCGGAACAGACUGAGAAGCAGGGCGGGAAAUUCUAACAACUGGAUGCUGCUAGUAACAAGUCCUUUGUAUUGCUUUACCAUUUUUAACUGUUCUAUUUGAGAUGAACAUACAUUUUGCUUUUUUAAUAAAUGUUCAAAAGAGGCCACGUCAGUCACGGUGUUGUCAGGUGAAUGUAGAUUUUUAGCAUCUCUGUGUCAAUAAUUGGAGUCUAUGGGAAUUUGUUCAGGGUCCUUAAGUAUCUUAAUCAGCACUGAAUCCUGCUUUGCCGCCUUCUCAUUGAAUCGCGGACUCAUUCGAAGGAAAGAGUAACUCGUAUUAAUAGCUGCUGUGUUCGACACACUCCCCUCUGCACAUUUCAUCAGCAGGAUUCCCACUGUUACAGCUCAGGAAACUGAGGCUCAAGUUAAAUGAUAUACCCCAGCCAGGAAUUUGGUGUUGCUUACAAGAAGAUACAGAAGGCAAAAGAGUAGGAAUUUGAGAAAUAAUUGGGAAGAGGUAAACUAUAAAUUUGAAUCAAAUGUAGAAUGAAGAAGACACAGAAUGUGGGCCCAAGUGGGAAGGGGGGAGCCCCGGUAAGGUACAAAGUUCUCAACCUUCUGAGAACAGAAAUUAUACGAAGAAUUUGGAGGAAGGAAGGUGAUUUCUAGAACUUACCCAAAAGGGAUGUCUUUCAUGGGCUGCACCUGAGAGGUGUCCUGAAAAUAUUCUUAACGUUCCUAUACCUGAUGUAGAAGUAGGCUUCCUAAGGCUGUUUCCUGAGGCCACCCUGUGACCAAUACGGGUGCGCUUCCAAAAUGCCUCUAGUGAAUGCAGUUUUUCAGGGAGUCAGGACGUUGUGGACCAGACAGAGAUCUUCCCUGCCCCCUUUCUUUCCUGUCACUGUGUGCCAGACACUGUGCCAGAAGCCCAAGAGCCAACCAACAGGGGUCAAGACCCGGUGGGGCCUGUCUGCCUGGGGCAUGCAGUCUAUGUGGGGGGACAGACAUAAGAUUAUUUCAGAAUGUGAGAGGCA